AUGUGCAGCAUCCACUCCAACCACUCCCUCGUUGCCAUGAGCGGGAACGACAUGAUGGCGCACUCUCUGACUCUGGAACAGAAGACGGCGUUCGCCUUUGUGGGGAUGCUGAUGGUCUUCCUGGGGCUUCUCAUCGUCAGGUGUUUCAGGAUCCUGUUGGACCCGUACAGCAGUAUGCCCUCCUCCAACUGGGCGGACGGAAUAGAGGGCCUAGAGAAGGGGACGUUCGAGUACGCCCUCACCUAACACGGAACGAAACACGAAACACGCACACACAACACGCACAUACACCCAUGACGGCGCAAAGCUGCUGCACCAGGCACGUGUACAUGAUUACAAUCUCACUGUACUGUACUGAACAGAGGAUGGAGCCUUGACUGUGCAGAGUGUGUGUGUGUGUGUGUGUG